AUGAGUCCUUUGGGCCAGGUUAGUGUGCAGCCUACCUGGAACGCAGCCCUGUUUGCCGUGCUGUCCCUCAUGGUACCUGCCCUCAGUAUGUGCCAGUCCAGCAGCCCAGCACUGGGCUCAGCCAGCUCGCAGAGCUGUCCAGGCAUGUGCUCUUGCACCAACCAGCUCAGUAAGGUGGUGUGUACUCGCAGAGGCCUGGUUCGGGUUCCUCCUAACAUCCCAGCCAAUACCAGGUACCUUAACCUGAUGGAAAACAGCAUAGAGACCAUUCAGGCUGACACUUUCAGGCAACUGCAUCACCUGGAAGUGCUGCAGUUGGGGAGAAACAAUAUCAGGCAGAUCGAGGUGGGGGCCUUCAACGGCCUGACCAGUCUUAACACUUUGGAGCUGUUCGACAAUAGGCUGACAGUCAUACCAAGCGGGGCUUUUGAGUACUUGUCAAAACUAAGAGAAUUGUGGCUGAGGAACAAUCCCAUCGAGAGCAUCCCGUCUUACGCCUUCAAUCGUGUCCCAUCGCUCAUGAGGCUCGAUCUCGGAGAACUGAAAAAGUUGGAGUACAUCUCCGACGGGGCGUUCGAGGGUCUUCAGAAUCUCAAGUACCUCAACUUGGGGAUGUGCAACCUUAGGGAAUUCCCUAAUCUUUCACCACUGGUAGGUUUGGAGGAGCUUGAAAUAUCAGAGAAUGUUUUCCCUGAACUCAAACCCGUUGCCUUCCACGGGCUGAAGAAUUUACGCAAGCUAUGGAUUAUGAACUCGGCCAUCACCGUCAUCGAGAGGAACGCGUUUGACGACAUCACAGCACUGGUGGAGUUGAACCUGGCUCAUAAUAAUCUGUCGUCUCUUCCGCAUAAUCUUUUCACGCCGCUGCAGUACUUAGUGGAGCUCCAUCUGCAUCAUAACCCUUGGAAAUGUGACUGUGAUGUAGUCUGGCUCUCUUGGUGGCUCAGAGAGUACAUUCCCACCAAUUCCACCUGCUGCGGACGCUGCCACAUCCCAGGCUACAUGAGGGGUAGAUACCUAGUGGAGGUGGACCAGACCACGUUUCAGUGCUCAGCGCCGGUUAUACUCGACGCUCCGAGAGAUCUGAACAUCUCUGCAGCGAGGGUGGCGGAACUGAAGUGUCGCACGGCUUCCAUGAGCUCCGUCAGAUGGCUCCUCCCCGGCGGGACGAUCCUGACGCACGGCUCGGUUCACCCACGGAUAUCAGUCCUCAACGACGGAACCCUAAACUUCUCCAACGUUCUGCCGUCAGACACGGGGGUCUACACUUGCAUGGUGAGCAACAUGGCAGGGAAUUCAAACGCCUCGGCCUACCUGAACGUCAGCAACGCCGAGCUCAAUACCUCAAAUUUAUCCUAUUUCACCACCGUGACCGUGGAGGUAUUAGAACCGACGGUGGAAGAAACCCCCAAACCCAAGCCGACCUCCCCCGCCUCGCCUUCCGUCUUCAAACCCGUCUUCAUCUCCACGCCUACCGUGCUGUUCCAGAACACGCAAACCCCAAGGCAGGUGUCGAUUCCCACUGCCAGAGUCCCUAGCGGGCCCGCCGCUACCCUGGACGAGGUGAUGAAAACCACCAAAAUCAUCAUCGGCUGUUUCGUCGCCGUGACCUUGUUGGCGGCGGCGAUGUUGAUAGCCUUCUACAAGUUGCGGAAGCGGCAUCAGCAGAGGAGCACAGUGGCCGCCGCCAGGACCAUAGAGAUCAUACAAAUGGAGGAGGAGAUUCCUCCGGUUCCGCCCACUUCUGGAUCUAGCGGCUCUGAGGAGACGGGGUUGGUAUUGCCUACCUUAGUGGAACACAACAGCAACACCUUUAAGCCUGGCUAUGUGUCAUCGUCUCGGCAAGGGGCCUACGCUGCCCACUGGACCCAGAACAAUACGCUGCACCGUUCAACCAGACAGCAUCACAGUAACAUCAGCACCAUCGCGGAUCCUUAUAUCAUUAAGACUACUCACGGAAAAGAGAAGGUUCAAGAGACCCAAAUCUAA